AUGGAGACUUUCUACCAUGGAUUAAAUAUUGCUACUAAACAUGUAGUUGAUGCUUCCGCCAAUGGAGCUAUUUUGUCAAAGACAUACAAUGAAGCAUAUGAGAUUUUAGAGAGAAUAACAUCUAACAAUUUUCAAUGGGCCGAUGUGAGAAGCAAUCAAGGAAAUAAGACUCAAAGAGUACUUGAAGUUGAUGCUUUGUCUUCUAUCAAAGCUCAACUAGCUUCAGUGACUAAUAUUUUACAAAAUCUAGCGUUGGGACAAGACUCCAUGUUUAAAGCACCAGUCCAUACAGCUGCUAUAAUUAACCAGACAGUAGCCGAAUCUUGUGUAUAUUGUGGAGAGGAAUACACCUUUGAUAAAUGUCCAAGCAAUUCGGCCUCAAUUUUCUAUGUCGGGAAUCAAGCUAGUCAAGGCAACUCGAAAAAUAAUCCCUUCUCAAAUACUUAUAAUCCGGGGUGGAGAAAUCAUCCAAACUUCUUAUGGAAGGGACAAGGCUCAUCCAACCAACAAAUGCCACAUAAAGCAAAUUACCCUCCGGGUUUUGGAUUACAAAAUCAACUAGCUUAUAAUUCUCAACAAGUCAACACCCAAGGGAAAGGAACUAGCCAAGCUCAAUACACAUCGGGAACAUCUAUUGAAAGCCUAAUACAGGAAUAUAUGGCUAAAAAUGAUGUCGUGAUACAAAGUCAACAAGCCUCAUUGCGAAAUUUGGAAGUUCAAGUAGGUCAAUUAGCAACUGAGUUACGAAAUAGGCCUCUUGGGAAGCUGCCAGCAAACACCGAAACACCAAAAAGAGAAGGGGAGAAAAAAAGUGCAGAACAAGGUGACAGCCAUUCCCAAGAAACUGCUGAUACACAGCAGAGGAAUGAGGAACCUGCUGUACAGAAAGAACACAACAAGGAUUAUGCAGAAAUUGAGGAGCAGCCAAAAAUGCAAACAACUGGACAAGAGAGCAGAACAUACACACCAGCACCUCCUUUUCCACAAAGAAUAAAAAGAAAGAAAGAGGAAGUCCAUUUUGAGAAGUUUAUGGAUAUUCUGAAGGAAAUUCAUAUAAACAUACUACUAGUGGAAGCUUUGAAGCAAAUGCCAAAUUAUGUGAAAUUCUUGAAGGAUGUACAAUAG